GCAUUUGUGAGGGAUAUGAAAGUGCUGCUGAAGAAAGAGCAGGAGCUUAAGAUAAAAAAGGGAUGUGGCCCGGAUCCUUUCACAACAGCCCUAGCAGCAAACAUCUGCUUCCCGUCGUGGUCAUUUCACGGCACGACACUGGUGUGUCCUGCUCCAUCUCCGGGUUCGUGCAACGAGGUGUUUAAGAUGCAGACCUUGUGGGUGGUGCUGAUCUGCCUGGCUGGAGGGCAGCUUGCCAGCGCCAAACUCUGCGAGACCUACGGCUACAUCCCAGGCAUCCCAGGGAUACCAGGACAGCCGGGCAAGAAUGGCAGAGAUGGGGACAAUGGCCUAAAGGGUGAGCGAGGUCCCCCUGGUCAGGUGGAGCAUGAAGAAGACAUAGGGGAGAACGGAGACCCAGGAGUUCCAGGGUACCCUGGGAAGAUUGGCCCCAGGGGCCCCCCAGGUUUCAGGGGGCCACCAGGUGUCAUGGGACCCCCUGGCCCUCCAGGGGACUCUGGUGACUACGAGUCCACUUUCAAGUCCGCCUUCUCGGCUGCCAGGACCAUCAGCUCCUACCCACGCCGGGACCAGCCGGUCCGCUUUGAUCGCAUCAUCACCAAUGAGAAGGGCCACUAUGAGAACCGGUAUGGCCGCUUCAUCUGCCAGGUCCCGGGCAUCUACUACUUCACCUACCAUGUCACCUCCAGGGCCAACCUGUGCCUCAGUGUGAAAAAGGGCCAGAGUAGAACCAGGGCCGAGAAGGUGGUGACCUUCUGUGACUACGUGCAGAGCAGCUACCAGGUCACCACCGGUGGCGUGGUCCUCAAGAUGGCAGUGAAUGAGUCUGUCUGGUUGGAGCCGACAGAGAAGAACUCCCUCAUGGGGAUCGAAGGCUCUGACAGCAUCUUCUCUGGCUUCCUGAUCUUCCCCGGGGCUUAGUCCACCAGCAGUGUCCCUCUGCCCUCCCUUCUGCUGGCUGGCCCUGCAUGGCCGAGGACUCCCCAGGAGAUCACUCUGCUCCAGAUUCAGUGCCCUAAGCCUGUUGCUGCUGGUCUUGUACAUUAAAUGACAGGUUCUUGUGCAACUGA